UUUUUAGUCUUUGCGCAAGACGCAUAUGUUUGCCUGGUGUGUAUAUAGUUGGACAAGAGGGUGGCAAGAGGGCACCACUCCACAACAUCUCCUCCAAGCUGAUAGAUAGAGAGCAUGGAGAUUGAGAGAGAAGCCCCGGGCGACGAGAGAGCGAGGAGCUGGAGUGCUAAUGUGGCGCAAGAAGACACUAAGAAGCACCAAGACAGUGAUCAGUUGAUCAAGGUUAUUUAUGAGCCUUCAUGGAAAAGGUUCCUGGUUCAUGUUGGACCAGGUUUUAUGGUGUCUUUGGCAUACUUAGAUCCUGGAAAUUUGGAAACAGAUCUGCAAGCGGGAGCAAAUCACAGAUAUGAACUCCUAUGGGUGAUUCUAAUUGGUCUCAUCUUCGCACUGAUCAUACAAUCACUAGCAGCUAAUCUUGGAGUGGUGACAGGAAUGCAUCUUGCUGAGAUAUGCAGGAGCGAGUAUCCAAAGUUUGUGACGGUCUGUCUAUGGAUUCUUGCAGAGAUGGCCGUGAUUGCUGCAGAUAUCCCGGAAGUUAUCGGCACGGCCUUCGCUUUCAACCUCUUGUUUCACAUCCCCGUGUGGGUCGGAGUCCUCAUCACCGGCUCCAGCACGCUCCUGCUGCUCGGGCUACACAAAUAUGGGGUGCGGAAGCUGGAGUUUUUGAUCUCAAUGCUGGUGUUCGUCAUGGCGGCGUGCUUUUUCGGGGAACUGAGCAUCGUGAAGCCUCCGGCGGUGGAGGUCCUGAAAGGGCUGUUCGUCCCCAGGCUCAAGGGCCCUGGCGCCACGGGGGACGCCAUUGCUCUCCUUGGAUCCCUUAUCAUGCCACACAAUCUGUUCUUGCACUCUGCACUUGUGCUGUCGAGGAAGACGCCCCCAGCGGUGAGAGGGAUCAAGGACGCCUGCAGGUACUUCCUAUACGAGAGCGGGUUCGCGCUCUUCGUGGCGCUGCUGAUCAACAUCGCCGUCGUCUCCGUCUCCGGAACCGUCUGCUUCUCCAGCAACCUCUCGCCGGAGGACGCCACGAAAUGCGGCGACCUCACACUCGACGGAUCAUCUUUCCUCCUCAAGAACGUGCUAGGUAGGUCGAGUUCCAUCGUAUACGGCGUGGCCCUCUUGGCGUCUGGGCAAAGCUCCACCAUAACAGGCACUUACUCGGGCCAGUACAUCAUGCAGGGGUUUCUGGAUAUCAGGAUGAAGAAGUGGCUGAGGAACCUGAUGACCCGCAGCAUCGCCAUUGCGCCAAGCUUAGUAGUCUCCAUCAUCGGCGGCUCCAGUGGAGCCGGGCGUCUCAUCAUUAUCGCAUCGAUGAUAUUGUCCUUUGAGCUUCCGUUUGCCCUUAUCCCUCUUCUGAAGUUCAGCAGCAGCAGCAGCAAGAUGGGGCCUCACAAGAACUCCAUCUACGUUAUCGUGUUCUCGUGGUUUCUUGGCCUGCUUAUCAUCGGCAUCAACAUGUACUUUCUGAGCACGAGCUUUGUGGGGUGGCUCAUCCACAACUCGCUGCCCAAGUAUGCCAACGUGCUCGUAGGCAUCAUCGUCUUCCCCCUCAUGCUCAUCUACAUCUUGCCCGUCAUCUACCUCACCUUCAGAAAGGAUACCGUCGUCACUUUCGUCGCCGACUCCUGUCAGACCGAUGCUGAGAAGGCCAAGGCGGCUGGCGAGGACGAGGACGAGCCCGUGCCGUACCGGCAGGACCUGUCAGACAUCCCUCUCCCGGAGUAGACAAGCUCUAGCGAGUCUAGCUACUUUAUAUGUACCGUUACUUGUCAGUAUAUAUAGUAGUAAUUGAUACAUAUCUUGUGUACGGCACGGCACGUGCCAGCCGCCGGUUCAUCUUCGGAUGUUUCUGAUUUCACUAAUACAAAAGCUAUUUUUCAAAA